AUGAAUAAUUUAUCACUUUCUUUUUCAGACAAACUUGUAGAAACUAGAUAUUAAAACCAUAAAAAGGAACUGUCAUAGUAGCUAUUAAAAAUAUAGCAAGGAUUAGUAAUAUUAAUACUUUUAUAUGUAUUGAUAUCAAGUGCAUUUAAAUAAAACUGGGUUUCACUUUGCAUUUGUGGAAUAGGUUUGAUACUAUUGAUAAUUAGUGUAAAGCUAAACAUUGAUCGAUAAGAGCAAUGUUAUCUUAAUAACACAAUUAUAAUCUUUAUGACAAUCUUUAAUUAUUAUAAAUCAUUACAAAAAAUACUAAGUGAAACAUUUUAGUAAACAAGUUAUAUAGAUGGAUAUAUGUUGGCAUUAGCAACAACAUCAUGUAUUUUACAUAAUAUAAUAGAGUAUUGAAUUAAGCAACUUUUAUGUAAAAAUGUUUCAUCCAUAUUUCAAUCUACAUUUUGUUACAAAUCUUUGAGCCAAACUUAAUAUAGGAAGUAUGGGAAUAGAUGAUUCUAUUUUUGGUUUAUUUAACACUACAUCUAAUUUAUUUAUACAAAACAGAGCAAAUAUCUAGAUAAGAAUAUAUAUAAUUGAUCAAACAUCAAAAUGCAGAGCAAUAAUUAGUUAAUUAAAGUGGAAUAACAUUAUAUAUAGUUAAUUAUAAAAGAGAUAAAAAUUAAAUUCUACUAAGUACUUAUAAUAAUGAAGACAAUAUUACAAUUCAGUAGUAAUCUUAAUUUAUCUCAGAAAUAAGAAAUAUGAAAGUUUUCAUAAAGGAUUAAGAAUCUCAAACAUAUUAUAAAUCUUAAGAAGAAAUAUAAUAAGAUGCUAUGAUGACUUUAGAAAAGUUUUUGUUCUAUUUUCUUAGUAGUCCUGAGAAACUAAAAGAUUAUGUAAAUAAAUUCUAAAUAAAUUCUUUAAUUAAAUUGUAAGGAGUAUAAAACUAAGAGAAUUAUAAUAUAUCAAUAUUCAAAUAUUUUGGAGAGGUACCAAAUGCUAUAAUCUUAAUAUCUUAAAAUAAGAAGGAUGUUUUUAUUGAAGAACUUAAAUUGAGAUAUAAGAUAUUUUAAUAAGUUUUAGAAACAAUUGAUGAUAUAUUUCAAUCCUAGGUUAAAAUGAGUUUAAUUUAUUUCAAAGGAUUAGACAAAUAUCAAAAAGUUAAAUCUAAUAAUAUAGAUUUUUGUCUGUAUAAGAAGGUUUAAAGUAAAAUCUCAAAGGCAUAUAAUGAUUUUUAGAAUAUUAAAGAUUUUUUUAAUCUUAAUUCUUCUUUCUAAAGAUCAAUUAUUUAAAAAUUUAAUUUUAUUUAAUUUUUGGAAGAAAUUUUGAUUGAAAUAAAGGCAUAUUUUUAUUAGAGCAAGAAAUUCAAUUAUUCUAUAACAAAUAAACUUAAAAAAGAUAUAGUUUUUUAGGAUUAAAAAUAACUAAAAUAAUUAUUUCUAAAUCUUCUUUAUUAUAUCUCUGAACAUAGUUAAGAUAUUGGAAUUAUAUUAGAGUAAGGAGAAGAUUAUUCAUUGAAGAAAUAAUAUUUUUGUAUUAAAAUUGAAUUUUAAGGAUCAAGUUUCAGCAAAGAUGCUAUAAAAGGACUUCCUUUCAUAAAUCCAAAUACCUUAUCUGAAUUGAGACAUAAUGCUGAAUAAGUUUAUCAACUAAAUCUUCCAAUGGCAAUAGUAAUUGUAAGAAAAUUAGGACCUACGAAUAAAAUACAUAUAAAAUAAAAUAAUAAAAAUGGAAGUAAAAGCAUUGAAUUUUUUAUUUUUAAAGAACUAACAGAAGAUUUUCAUCUAAUGCCUUUGAAAUCUCAACAUCCUAGUAAUUAUCUGAUAUUGAAUGCAAGAUCAUCAAUUCAUGCAAAACAUGCAGCUUAUUUUGAUUUACUAUCAUUGAGUCCAAGAAUAUAAUUAGAUAAUUUUAGUGAAUUAUGAUGUCCU